AUGUUUGUGGACAAUCUACAGACCAUAGCAAUUGCUUGCCUGGGGUUGUUUUUGACACAUGCCAUUUACAAACGGAUCACUGGUCCACUCUCCAAAAUCCCAGGCCCUGAGAUCUCAAAAUGGACCGAAGCGGUGUAUGUUUACUACUGGCUUCGUGGUCAGAUACCAUUCUAUGUCCACAAGCUCCAUGAGAAAUACGGGCCUAUCGUUCGGAUCAGUCCUGAUCGAGUCGACAUCUGCGACGUCAACGCUGCCAGAGAAAUUCACAAAAUCAACAGUCCCUUCCUCAAGUCUAAAUGGUAUCGUGUCCUAGUCGCCGGAGGCCACGAGACGACAUUCUCUACUCUGGAUCGGAAAUUCCACGCACAGCGACGCAAACUGCUGGCGACGCCCAUCUCAGAGUCAUCGCUGAGCAAAAUGGAGCCUAUUGUGCUGUCCCGAGUGCAGACGACAAUUGAUCGGAUGGUUGAGGAGAUGACGAGUCGCAAAGUGGCCGACGUCUUCAAGUGGUGGUUGUUCAUGGCCACCGAUAUCAUCGGCGAGCUCAGCUUUGGUGAAUCGUUCCGGAUGCUGGAAGCUAGAGAGAAAACGCAAUAUAGCGUCGACCUCGAAAAUCUCGCUCAGGUUCAGUCUAUCCGCGUUGCUUUCCCGUCUCUUGUCCAAUUCAGCAGAUACCUGCCUCUUGCGGUUUUCAAAGAAGCCAAGGAAGGGGGACAGAGGAUUGGAGUAUACUCACACCAGUCGAUUGAACGUUAUAAGCGGAUUUUGGCAGAAACCCCCGAUGAUCCAAAGCCAACACUCUUCACCAAAAUGUUUGACACGGAGAAAAGCGGUCUCACACAUGAGCAGAUUCGACAAGAGGCCCAGUCGUACAUUAUCGCGGGGAGUGACACCACUGCUAUUACGAUGACUUAUCUGACCUAUUCGGUCUGUCGUAAUGAACGGGUGAAAAAGAAGCUCGUCGAAGAGGUAGCAUCUGUCUCUGAACCAGUCACGAACCAGAAACUACGGGAGCUGCCUUACUUGAACCAAGUCAUCAGCGAGACGCUACGUCUCUAUCCAGCAGUGUCAAUGGGACUGCCGCGAACUGUACCUCCAGAGGGAUAUCGCUUCAAGGAAUUUUUCCUUCCGGGCGGUAUCACCGUUGGAACACAGGCUUAUAGCCUGCAUCGUGAUCCAACAAUCUUCCCAGACCCCCUUGCAUUCAAGCCCGAGCGAUGGGAGAAUCCAAGUAGAGAGAUGAAAGAGGCGUUGUUAUCGUUUGGCGGGGGCUCGAGAAUUUGUCUCGGAAUUCACCUUGCCUAUAUGGAACUUCGCUUGGCGACUGCGCUUUUCUUCCGCCGAUUCCCCAAUGCACGGAUCUCGGCUCGAGAGGGUAUGUCGGAGUGUGAUAUGGAGAUGAAGGCGUUUUUCUUGGUGACACUCAAGGGACAUCGAUGUCUCAUCGAGGCCUGA